CAAGCGUUUCGGUAAACCAGAUUUGUUUGCGGAAGUGAAAAUUAUUUUAUUAUUAUUAUUUUGUAAUCCCUGUUUGAACUUUUUUCGAGAAUAAAAUGGAUCUGAAUUCAUUCUCUCUAGGAAAUGCUGAUAUUCUUCAAACGGUGGCAAUGUUGCAAUGGAUUCAAAAUGGCGAUUCUGCAAUGUUUGAAAAAUUAUCAACAUUCAGACUUGGGUAUGAGAUAUACCAGCGUAUGAGUGGAGAAAGGGAGGUGGAUGCUCUAAGGACUCAGACUAUCGCAGGAAUAGCAAAAUAUAUUAAAGACCACCCUAAAGCUUCAAAAGAAGAACUCCAGAAAGAAAUUGCAAAACACAUCUUUGCAUUUGCUCACAAAGUGGAGAGUCUCUAAUGUACUGUUGUUUGACCCAUCGCACCUUUCAAGUACCUCAGAUAGAUCUGAUUUUCUUUAUAGAUCUACCUUGGAUCCAGAUUUUACUUCUACUUGGGCUGGAUAUUUUGUUACAUAGAUAAGUGAUAUAGAUAAUAUUGAUGAAUAUGUAAUAAACUCACUAUAUUAAAGCUGAUGGCAAUGUGUGAAAAACUGAGAUUAGCCAGAGCAAAAGUGCAAUUUAUAAAUUAGUUGAUGAACAGCUGUUGAUAGCACUCCCAACUUUCAAGUCUUCCUUUCCCAUGUAAUAUUGUUUCGAAAGAAUCUUUUCAAGUCCCAGUAUAAAAAUUUAGAAUGGUUGUUAACCACGAUUAUUUUAUAUUAAUAAUGCAGUAUGGUGCAUUGUGUAAUAUAAUCUCCUACUCUUUUAUAGAAACUUAUUGGUUUUGUUAUUUUAUGUUUAAUUUAUACAGUAAUGUGUGUUCUAAUAGAAUAUGAAAUCUUGGAUCAGUUCAAAUUGACAAUUUUUUUUUAACGGAUAAGGAUUGAGACAGUCUUCUCCAACAGCUACAGUAUUUAUAUAAUCAUAUAUAUGUAUUUUAGGCCUUAUUUAAAAACAAAAAUGUUACUAGAAUAUAUUUGAAACAGUCAAGAAAGUUCUUGUAAACUGACUACUGUGUACAGAGUGUUAAUUUAUGCAAAAGUGAUAAAAGAACAUGUUUGAAACAGUCAAGAAAGUUCUUGUACACUGACUACUGUAUUAAUAUACGCAAAAAUUAUAAAAGAAUAUGUAUGAAACAAUCAAGAAAGGUCUUAUACACUGACUACUGUAUGUAUUUAUUUACGCAAUUUUUUUUAAAAGAAGCUUGAAACAGUUAUGAAAGCUCUUGUAAACUGACUUUUCUGCAUAUAUUUAGUUACACAAAAUGUUAAAAAUGUGUUUGAUACAAUGAAGUUAGGUCUUGUAAAUUGAUUUUAAUGUACAAUAGGUAUUUAUUUACAGAAAUAAAUGUUAACAGUAUGUGUUUGAAACUGCAUAUAAAAGGUCUUGUAAAAUGAUUUUGUAGACAAAUAAAAAUUAUUAUUUUUGAAGAAAAAAGAACAUUUAUUUUUGUAUCGGAUAUUAAAAGUAAGCUUGCCUAAUUCAUAAAAAGCUCACAAUUGCAUUAAUGGUAACAUAGUGAAGUUUAUGGUUACAUGUAUGUUAACUGGUUGUGAAGACUGGACAAAAUUAAUUCAAAUGAAGUACAUAAUUAUAUCGCAUGUUUAAAUAUACAGAAUAUAUGUAUCUGAUUGAAUAGUCUGUCAGUUGUUGUAGCUGUUAACAUGUACCCCAGUGGUAUUUUUACUCCAAAUAUUGUAUUUUAUAUCUGUUUAAGAUAAUAUAUCAUUGUACCUCUUUAUUUUAGAUAUUGUCAUUUUUCAUCUUUCUGCUCAUUUAUACAUUUAAGUCCAUGGUAAAAAAAAAAUUGUCUAAAACAGAA